GUUUCAUGAAGAAAUCGCCCGCUGACUAAGGCUGUUCUUCCUAAAUUUCUCUCUUCAUCGAGACUCGUCGAACUUGUGCGUGAUUUGAUUCAGGGUCGCAUCGUCUUUCGAGUUCUAUAUAGUAUCAGUGGAUCAAGCAUAGUAGCUGAUCAUGGAAACUCUUGUUGAUGCUCCGAUUAAGGUAUCAUUUUCACCUGUGAACCCAAUUUCAUUGUCACUGCAACCAAUAAAAUCUGGUUUUUUGCCUAUUUCUUGGUUACAGGACGAUCAUGAGAGCCCUAGGUGGCAAAAAUCAACCGUGGUAUUUGUGUUGGGUGGUCCUGGAAGUGGAAAAGGCACUCAGUGUGCUAAUGUUGUCGAGCACUUUGGAUAUACCCAUUUGAGUGCUGGUGAUCUUCUCAGAGCAGAAAUUAGCUCUGGUUCUGAAUUUGGAGCCAUGAUCCAAAGCAUGAUUGCAGAAGGGAGAAUUGUGCCUUCUGAGAUCACUGUGAAACUUUUGUGUGAAGCUAUGAAGGAGAGUGGAAAUGAUAAGUUCCUCAUUGAUGGUUUCCCUCGCAAUCAAGAAAAUCGGAUAGUAUUCGAAAAUGUUGCUAAAAUCGAGCCUGCCUUUGUUCUGUUCUUUGAUUGUCCUGAAGAAGAACUAGAGAGGCGCAUUAUGAACAGGAACCAGGGAAGAGAAGACGAUAAUAUUGAGACGAUAAAGAAGAGAUUUAAAGUGUUUGUAGAAUCGACCCUCCCUAUUGUUAGCUACUAUGAAUCUAAAGGGAAACUUCGGAAGAUCAGUGCUGCAAAACCGAGUGCAGAGGUUUUCGAGGCAGUCAAAGAUCUAUUUGCAUCUGAAACUGGAGAAGGUGAAGCGCGUGAUCACCUGAACAAGAAGAUUUCUGUAUAGUAGUCCUCGUAAAUAUUUGUAUCAGUUAUCUUACUCUUUGGUUUGUCUUGGUCAGCACCACAUACACAUGUCUCGCCGAAUAAAACAAAACAGAGACUUCCAAAUCCACUUGCCUUGUCGUAUACGUAACUAAGUCUACAGAUGUUUAUGUUUGUGUAAGUAUCUCUACAUUUAACAUGUUGUCAUUAUAACAGAUCCACAAUUUCGUGGUAAUCAUCACUUUUUAGUUAGGAACUUAUAAGGUUGUCUUAAUAAUAACAGGUUU